GUUGAAGGAAGAAGCCAUGGUCAUCCAUUGGCUUCUCUUGAAAGUUGUAGUGCUUGGGGCUGUAUUGGGUCCAUACCACAAUCCCUUAGCAGCAGAAGCUGCUGCUGAUGAUCCAAUCACGAAGCCCGGAUGCCGGAGCACUUGCGGAAACCUCUCGAUUCCAUACCCCUUCGGAUCGCGCGACAGUGAUCCCAGCUGCCGUAAUGGCCCUUCCUCAUUUGAGGUCGAUUGCGAUGACUCUACCGACCCUCCAACGCCUUAUUGGUAUGACAAAAGUAGUAACUUGCAAAUACUCAACAUCUCUCUCGAGGAUCACGAGAUGCGGAUAACCAUGUUCAUCGGUCAAGACUGCUAUAACUCUGCUCCGUACGCUGCUAGAUCAAGAACAAUUCCCAGUCUGGUGUCUGGUCAAUUCCCCAUAUCCAACACCAAGAACAAGUUCACCGGUGUCGGUUGCGAUACGGCGGUGUACUUCUUGGACCGCCGUGGGGAUUUCGCUUUUGGAUGUAUGUCUUUAUGCAAUGACAUUGCCGAGGUGACUAAUGGCUCGUGCUCAGGUAUCGGUUGCUGCGAGACGAGCAUACCUAGAAACUCAUUCGGCUACAAUAUCUCCAUUGCCAGCUUUAAAAACCAUACAGAUGUCCUGCGUUUCAACAAUUGCAGCUACGCUUUCGUCGCAGAGAUCGGUUUCUACAACUUCAGUUCUGGUGAUCUUUGGCGACUUGAACUCGACAAGGCCCCCCUAGUUCUUGACUGGGCAGUAGGGGAUAAAAAUUGCUCCAUCGCCAAGAAGAGCGGGGACUACAUGUGCACUAAUAACACCCGUUGUACCGAUGCUGAAAAUGGACGGGGGUACAAGUGCGCUUGUUUAAAAGGUUUCCAUGGCAAUCCGUAUCUCGUGAAUGGUUGUCAAGAUAUUGAUGAAUGUGCUGAUUCAAAUAAGAACCAGUGCGAUGAAGUCAAUGGACAGUGCACUAACGUUGUUGGGAAUUAUACUUGUUCAUGCCGAAAGGGUUAUCAUGGUGAUGGCUGGAAGGAUAGGCAAGGAUGCACUGCUAAUGCAUCACAUUUGGUGCGGAUACUUGUCGGUGUUGGCGCGGGGAUAGCAGUCUUGCUAUUCAGCGCAGGCUUUCUGUAUCUGGGAAUCCAAAAGAUGAAACUCAUCAGGCUCAAAGAACACUACUUCAAGCAAAAUGGUGGCUUGCUCUUGCAGCAACAAUUGCAUGAACGGGACAGAACCACCAACACCACGAAAAUCUUCUCAGCCGAAGAGCUAGAGAAGGCCACGAACAAUUACGACGUGAGCAGAAUAGUCGGCCGAGGUGGAUAUGGUACCGUUUACAAAGGGUUAUUGCCAAAUGACACGGUUGUCGCGAUCAAGAAGUCCAAACUCGUGGACAAGACACAAAUCGAGCAGUUCGUUAAUGAAGUUAUAGUGCUUUCUCAGAUUAAUCAUCGUAACGUGGUCAAGCUUUUGGGAUGUUGUUUGGAGACCGAAGUGCCCUUGUUAGUGUAUGAGUUCGUGAACAACGGAACGCUGUUCGACCACAUCCACAACCGCAACAAGUCCUUCAAGAUGUCCUGGGACACCCGAUUGAGAAUUGCUUCGGAUACUGCCGGUGUCCUUUCAUACUUGCACUCCGCUGCUUCCAUUCCCAUAAUCCAUCGCGACGUCAAGUCGACAAACAUCCUACUGGACGACAACUACACCGCGAAAGUUUCCGACUUCGGAGCUUCGAGAUUAGUCCCACUUGAUCAAGCCGAAUUGUCCACUCUAGUUCAGGGGACAUUGGGAUACUUGGACCCUGAAUACUUGCAAACAAACCAACUGACCGAAAAGAGCGAUGUUUACAGCUUUGGGGUUGUGCUAGUGGAGCUGAUAACCGGGAAGAAGGCGCUUUCUUUUGACCGGCCUGAGAAAGAGCGGAACCUCGCAAUGCAUUUUCUUUCGGCAUUGAAAAACAAUCGAUUGUUCCAAAUUGUCGACGGAGUGAUUGCAAAUGAAGGGAACGACGAGCAAGUGAGGGAAAUUGCGAAUGUUGCAAAGAGAUGCUUGAUGGUAAAAGGCGAGGAGAGGCCGACCAUGAGGGAAGUGGCGAUUGAGCUGGAGGGAUUCAAAGAGAAAUCUAGUCAUCCAUGGAUGAGUAACGUUGAUUUGCAUGGAGAAGAGGCGCUUCAUUUGCUCGGAGAGAAGACCCACCCCACUGUGUACAUGGAUGGUAUUGAGACCAUGAACACUGGGGCCUCGGAUAGCAUGAAGAACCUUGUCAUGACACCAGUUAACAGUGGCAGAUGAGAUAAGAACAACCUCCAGUUGUUCCUUCUUCAUCAUGACAUUCUUAGGCAUGUAAGAGAACUCUUGAUUACCGUUAUAAAAUAGAUGCCACUAGUACUAGGGGAGUUCCGUUUUAGCUGCUGGGGUUGAGUCUUUGUCUGUAUUUUGGAUCCA